UCUAUGUCUCUAUAACCAGGAAGAUGGGGAUGUUACUCUGCAUGUGAUGCGAUAAGACGAUCGACCCGGUUUGUCUCAAUAAAUAAGCCUUCACUUUGUAGUCAGUGCAGAUUAACGUAAGCCGUUUUGUUGAAGUUUAAUUUGCGUCAUAGAGAUAAAGAGUUAAAGAGACAUACCUCCCGAAGUUCACAAUAUAGCGAAGAGACUCGUUAUUCCUCAGUCCGUACAACAUUGACUGUCUUCCACAGGAAAAGACAGCAGAGAUUGAAGAUAAACCGAUCAACCUGCACGCUGCGGUGUCUCUAUUUGCGCACGCGGGAAAUUGCGCUCUUUCUGCAUUUCACAGCGAAGAAAGAUGUUUGCAAUGAAUCAGCUGUAACCAGGUGACAAUUCAGAAGUUUCAAAUCAACUUUGACGUGAAUUAUUUAAGUUCACAAAUCAAUCAAUUCAGAAAUCCGAUGUCAAGGAAUAACUAUUUCAGGAGGAACUCUCGUGCGUAAAAACCAUCGCACUUGGCGGCCUGAAAAUCGACGCGCCGCGGUGAUUAAACGUUUCCUAAAGUCCGCUGGGCUCUCGACGCGGAGAGCUGAUCGGCUUCCCCUUUGUCUAAAUGAGAUUGCAGUAAGGCGAUUCUUUGAGACACAGGCGUGUUCAUCUUCGUUAAACCGAGACGCGAGGAGUUGACCCUGCGGAGCGUGUUGAUCCACUCUCCGUGCGAAUGCUUUCAGGGAUGCUACCGACAAGAGUCAACCGAAAAGUGAUCUACUACGCUGUCUACUCCUUGCUGGAGGGGCGGAAUAUGAUAAACAAAUCAACCUUUACAAAAAUUGAAGAAAACACUGAAAAAAAGAAUACAUCAGAGAAAGGGCGAGCGACAAUUAUCUUUUCCCUCAAGAAUGAAGUGGGAGGACUAGUGAAGGCGCUCAAACUCUUCCAGGAAAACCAUGUCAACCUCGUUCACAUAGAGUCCAGAAAAUCCAAACGACGCAACUCUGAGUUUGAAAUUUUCGUGGACUGCGACAGCAACCACGAACAACUGAAUGAAAUAAUCCAGCUGCUUAGAAAGCAUGUGAACGUGGUGGACAUGGAGCCUCCAGAUAACUCAUGUCUAGAUGAGGAAGAAAUGUAUAAUGUACCCUGGUUCCCAAAGAAGAUUUCAGACUUGGACAAGUGUGCCAACCGUGUCCUGAUGUACGGCAGUGAGUUGGAUGCCGAUCACCCGGGUUUCAAGGACAACGUCUACCGCAAAAGGCGAAAGUACUUUGCUGAUCUCGCCAUGGCCUACAAGCACGGGGAUCCCAUUCCUCGUAUUGUGUUCACAGAGGAAGAAUUGAAGACUUGGGGAGUCGUGUACAGGGAGCUCAACAAGUUGUACCCCACCCACGCCUGCCGCGAGUACUUGAAGAACCUGCCGCUGUUGUCCAAAUACUGUGAAUUUCGGGAGGACAACAUCCCACAGCUGGAAGACGUGUCACGCUUCCUCAAGGAACGGACCGGGUUCACCAUCAGGCCGGUGGCAGGCUAUCUGUCCCCCCGGGACUUCCUCGCUGGUUUGGCCUUCCGGGUUUUCCACUGUACUCAGUAUGUGCGACACAGCUCUGACCCCUUGUACACCCCAGAGCCGGACACGUGCCACGAGCUGCUGGGUCACGUCCCGCUGCUGGCAGAGCCCAGCUUCGCCCAGUUUUCACAGGAGAUUGGUCUCGCUUCGCUCGGGGCGUCGGACGACUCGGUUCAGAAACUUGCCACGUGCUAUUUCUUCACGGUGGAGUUCGGCCUUUGCAAGCAAGAAGGGCAGCUGCGAGCCUAUGGAGCAGGACUGCUGUCCUCUAUCAGUGAGCUGAAGCAUGCACUAUCUGGCAACGCGAGGAUAAUGCCCUUUGACCCCAAAGUUACAUCCAAACAAGAGUGCAUCAUCACAACCUUUCAGGAUGUGUACUUUGUGUCAAACAGCUUUGAGGAGGCCAAAGUCAAGAUGAGGGAGUUCGCCAAGACCAUCAAGCGUCCCUUCACAGUCCGAUACAACCCUUACACCCAGAGUGUGGAUGUGCUAAAAGACACCCCCAGCAUCAACAGCGUGGUGGAGGAGCUUCGCCACGAGCUCGACAUUGUCGGCGACGCCCUCAGCCGGCUGAACAAGCAGCUGGGCAUCUGACUGCACACAUUCCAGUUGAAGUUGUCCAACUACAGUCCAUCAACAAGCGCUGUGCCCCCCCCCCACCCCCCACCCCACCCGAGCACCGCUGUAGUGAUACUGCUUGUGUAUCGCCCUUCGUCAGUACAAUGAAUGUGCACUUAUUUUGUUAACACGCUGCUUUGUCCCCUCUGCGGGGUGUAUUGCUUGUACAAUUUACAGAGGCGCUCUUCAUGUUCAAGCCGCUGGUGUCCGUAAGUCGCUGAAACCCGAGGAGUCGCUGAACGAGAGACACCGUUUUGGUUCAGUUUGUUUUGCUCAGUCGGCUUCUGAAUCUCAAACAGUCAACGUGCUUUUUUGGUUCUUAAUUACCUUUUUAUCCCCAGCUGUUACAAACACAGGAAGUGCUUUCCCGGUCCUAUUGUUAACUGCUGUUGUAUAUUAUUGUUUCAAUGGUUUUGUAUUCCACUUUAUUCUUCUUCACAUUUAAUCUCCCGCACUACAGUGAUGUUUAAAAUUGAUCUGUUUGUAUUCCUUCAGUCUAUGUAUCGUUCCUUUUUGUGGGCUGUUGAGGGAUAUUGUGAAAGGGAAAAUUGGUGUUAUAAGAAGGUUUUCUUGUGCGACUUGGCGCAUUAACCCUCACUUAUUUUAUUUCACAGUGAUGAUUUUGAAUACUUCCUCUUGGAAGUGGAAGUAAUUUUAGUUCUCCUGAAAUCAAAACAUUAUUUUUCUACUGUAAAGAAAUAUAUACAUUAUAAUUAGGCUAUGUUUGAAAACAAUAAAAACAAUAAAAAAUU